UUCUAUAUUUUAUUCAGUUGUUAUUUUUGUCUUUUUAAUAACUUAAAAGCUUUAUACUUUUACUGUUUAUAAAUUUAAAAUUUGUUGAAUUUACUUGUAACUGCUUUAAAAAUGAUAAAAUGAACGAAGGAUCUGAAGUUAGAGAGAAUAGGAGUGAAAGCAAUAUCAGAUAUCGAAUUUUCAAGCAUGUAACCAAUGACCCAGGUGAUGUUGGAUCGCCUCUACCAGAAGAUGAUGAUGAAACACACCAUUUCUUUGCUAAAGGACGAGAUUUAGAAAGUGCAUAUGUCAAUCAUAAAUAUACAGAGAAAGAAAGAGAAAUUCUUAGAAAAUAUGAAAGUUUGGAUUAUUUACCUCCUCAUAGUAAAGUCUACAAAGAUUGGCUUACAAGACAACCUUCACGAUUGGAUUGGGACCGGUGGAUAAUGAUGGGAUUGAUAGGAUUUUGUGUAGGAAUGGUUGGAUUUCUUCUUCAUCAAGUGAUUGAUUUAUUCGCCGAUUUUAAAUGGGAGAAGGCACGAGAAUUUAUUCGAGAAGAUGAAAUGAUGAUUGCUUGGAUUUGGGUUAUUGGAAUCAGUUUAAUAUUUGUAAUUUCAAGUUCAUCUCUAAUUGUAUUUAUUCGUCCAAGUGCUGGAGGAUCUGGUAUACCUGAAAUCAUUGCAUAUUUAAAUGGAACAUUAGUACGUCAUAUAUUUAAUAUCAAAACACUCAUAGUCAAAUUUUUAUCAUGUGUUCUUGCUGUUUCUAGUGGGAUGCCUGUUGGACCAGAAGGACCCAUGAUCCAUUUAGGCGCAUCUGUUGGAGCUGGUUUAAGCCAGUUUAAAUCAACUACUUUGGGUUUUAGAUUGCCAUUUUUUUCAAGAUUUAGAAAUUCAGAAGAUAGGAGAAAUUUUAUCUCUGCUGGUGCUGCUGCUGGAGUUGCUUCAGCUUUUGGUGCUCCUGUUGGUGGACUCUUGUUUUCAAUGGAAGAAGUAUCUUCUUUCUGGAAUAUGAAGCUAUCUUGGCAAACAUUUUUUUGUUGUAUGGUAGCUUCAUUUACUACUGAUCUUUUUAAUUCAGCUUUCACUGCUUUUCGUUAUCAAGGAAAUUUUGGACUCUUUCGAACAGAAAAAUACAUUCUUUUCCAGGUAGAAACAGGUAUUGAUUUAAAUUUUAUAGCUCUUAUUCCAACAGUUAUUGUUGGUAUCUUAGGAGGAAUUAUGGGAGCAAUGUUUACAUUUAUUAAUUUAAAAAUUGCACGAGGAAGAAGACUAUUAUUAUCAUAUGUAAAAUCUCCUUUGGAAGAAAAAUUUGUCAAGUUAAUGGAACCAGUACUAAUAAUGAUUAUUAUGGGAACAAUAUCAGUAUUUUUGCCAGCUGCAUUCAGUUGCAGUCAGUUCACAUGUCAUUGGGAUAAUAAUUACAAAGCUAGUUGUGAUGGUCCACUACCUUUACAUACUGAAAAAACAGUUGAAUAUUAUACUUGCCCUGAAGGAACUGAAAAGUAUAUUAAUGGUACACGUUAUACUAAUGGUACUUUCAAUGAAGUUGCCACUUUAUUAUUUUUAACUGGUGAAAAAGCUAUCAGACAUUUGUUUUCAAGAGAAACACAUUAUCAAUUUGAUAUAAUACCAAUGUUGGUUGUAUUUCCAUUAUACUUUUUAUUGGCCUGUUGGUCUGCGGGGACAUCAAUUGCUAGUGGUGUUGUUGUACCUAAAAUGUUGAUUGGUGGAUUGAUGGGAAGACUUGUAGGAAGAGGAAUGGUAGACAUUUUUGGUGUCCAUACUGAAAGUUAUUGGGGAUGGAUGGAUCCAGGUGCAUUUGCUUUGUUAGGUGCUGCUGCGUUUUUUGGAGGAGUUUCACGAUUAACUAUGUCUCUGACAGUUAUCAUGAUGGAACUAACCAAUGAUGUUCAGUUUUUAUUAUUAAUAAUGGUGGCAAUUAUGAUUGCAAAAUGGAUGGGGGAUUUUGUCACUCAUCCAUUCUAUCAUUCAUUAUUGGAAUUUAAGUGCAUACCAUUUCUGGAUUCUGAACCUGUUAUUUAUUAUAACAAUAAUAAUAACUUAAAUCUAGAAUUAUUUGUGGCUAAACAUGCAGCAUCUGCUCCUGUAAAAACUGUAAAUACUAUUGAAAGUGUAUCACAUUUAGCCAAAUUAUUACUCCACACUAAACAUUCAGGUUUUCCUGUAGUUCGUAACAUGGGAGAUCAAGGUGAAAAUACAUUCUGUGGUUUAGUGACAAGAACAGAAAUAAGUGUUUUAUUAUGCCAUGAGAAAGCAUUUGAACAAUGUCAAAAUUAUGGAGAAGAAGAGCCAGACAUUUUAGAUGUGGAUUAUUCAGAGUUUUGUGAUGAUGAUAUUGAGAAACUUUCUGCAUCCAGCAGUUUUAAUGAUUUAUUGAAGAAAUUAUCAAGUGAAGAUUUUGAUAAUAUGCAAGUUAAUUUGGUUCCUUAUGCAAAUCUAUCAGCCAUGUCUGUGCAAGAAACAUUUUCUCUUCACAGGACCUACAUCGUUUUCCGUUCACUAGGAUUGAGACAUUUGACCAUUGUCGACAGAAGAAAUCGUGUCACUGGAAUCAUUACUCGAAAAGAUUUGAUGGGAUUUCAAUUAGAAGAAAGAUUAGGAACAAUUAUCAAUCAGAGGUUACUACUGGAAGGACGAGCGGAAGAAUUGUCAUAGACUAAACAUUUAUCACUGUUAUGUUUUUGUUUAUUAAAUUUAAAAAUGUUAUUUUGAAAUAAUAAUUCAAAUCAAAUGAGAAUUAAUUAAUUGUUUUUGUUAUGAACAGUACAAGAAAAAUUGCUAAA